CGUCGGGACGAUCUCAAUACGAUUCGUGUCACGAAUCUUUCGGAAAACACCUCCGAAAUGGAUUUGCAGGAUCUCUUCCAACGAUUCGGCAGAAUUUCGCGUGUUUAUUUGGCCAAGGAUAAGGAAACAUUUCGGUCUCGUGGUUUUGCCUUUGUCUCUUUCGUCAACCAAACGGACGCGGCGAAUGCCAUGGAGGAAUUACAGGGUUUUGGGUACGAUCACUUAAUCCUCAAGCUGGAAUGGGCUCGACCG